AUGGCUCCGAACCAUAUCAAAUGGACCGUUUUGGUGAUAACGGCGAUCACCCUGAUAGGAAGGAGUUUGGGGGUGACCAAAGUUACCAGAAAACCGAUGGGCUUCCGAUAUGUCACCGAUCAGGAAACUGCAGCUUCGGAAGACGAUCGUAAAGACGAGAGCAAGCAUCACGAAACGGACACGAACGCGCAACACGAAGAGCACGAUCACAAGGGCGAAGAGGAGGAGUCGAAAAAGAGACUCGAACACGGACACAAGGAAGAAAAGGCAGGACAGGGCCACGAAGAGGACGAAAAGGACGAACACCACCAUGAUUCGAAGUCCGGCCACGAAAAGGACGAAGAAGACGAGUCGGAUCAUUACAGCGAUCAUCAUCGUGGCAAAGAUACGGAAAAAUCUGGCAAAUUCGACGACAAGGGCGAUCAUCAUGAAGGACACAGUACGAAGGGAGAGCAUAACAUUUUCAAGAAGGACGAGUACGAAAAGAAGCACGACUUCUUUGACGAGUACCACGAGGACGACGACAACGAGGAACACGAAGACUAUGAACACGGCCAUAAGAAGGAACAAGGCGAACAUCACGACGAAGGACAUCACGAAAAAGAUCAUCACGAGAAACAUAUUUCGUUAUUAAGACCGGGCUUUAUAGUUGUUUGGAAAUAUUUCCAGGGUCAUCAUGGCGAGGAGAAAGAGCACGAAGGCGGCCAUCACGAGAAAAAGGAGAAAAGCCAUAAAGGCGACGAAGGUCACGAUCAUCACCAUCACGAGGGGGAAAAGCAUGACGAGGAAGUCCAUCACGAAUCCGGGAAAAAAUGGGCUCACAAGAAGGGCAAACGUUGA